UGGCAACACGAGGCUGUACAACACGCAGCGCUGAAGUCCGGUCGCCGCAUCAUCUGACAUCAGAAGCGAGACCCGUUGCAACUGUCAACGUGAGAACGAAGCCAUGGGCCAACUGAUGAGCUGUUGCGGUUGCAAGUGCUGCAGUCAUACUCGAGAAAGACUGCGUAGUCGACUACGGAGGCUCUUCGAAUCCCCGCAGCGACCGGAACAGGUGCCAGAGAAGCAGAGUCCUGUACUGCAGCCCCAACAGCAACCCGAUCAGCAGCAAGGGCCGGAGCAAGACGCCGCCACAGCGGAGAAAUCAACAUCUCCGCCGUUCGUUCCCGGGACUGCCGUCCAGAGUCCCUCAGAUUCCGAGGCAGGUGUGACGUCGUCCCUGGGCGACACUACCGAUACGGAAGGCCGCCUCUCCACCGUCCUCUCUCCGACGGGCAGCAGCCUGACGGUCAUCUCUCCGAUGACAACGUCUUCAGACAGCCGCGAAGGCGCUCCGCCACAGGAGGGUGGCAGCUCGAGUGGCCUGAGUUCUACCACACCUGAGAGCGACGCCCAUUUGAGCGGGAAUACAGCUGCUGGAACCGUGAAAACGCCACCUUGACCUGUCCUUCGGCCUCCACUGUUCGGCUGGAACCACAGCGGCAUUGUUGCCUACUCGUCCCUCGGCAUGCCUGACGUCGUUUAAUAUCGCGCUAUGCACCACGUCUUAUAUAACGUGGUUUUUAUUCCCAAUAAAGCCUUUUGCUUUUAUU